CUACUCAAUUUAUUCAUUCUCCCACGUUUGCUUGUUUUGUUCUCUUUAUGAGUGAUGUUUUGGCUAACACAAUUUCGCAAACUUUUCCAUUAAAAAAAAAUUACAAUUCUUGAUCAGUGCGCGUAAAUUAAGAAAUAUUGCCAUAAUCGUGCCACAAGAAUCAAAUAAGAAAGUAAAAGAAAAACUAUUUCUUGUUGGCCUUGUGAAUAUUUUAUCGGAGUAUUGAAAUCCGUUAAUGUUCGAAGUUUAUUACUACUAAUAAUUGUUGUGCAAUGGGUGAUAACGACAUUGUUAAGAAUAAUAAUCCUGGCAGUAUAGAAAACGAUGCGUUUUUUCGUGCCUUUUUGGAUGAUGAUGAAAAGGCUAAAAUAGAUUUUUCCGCUACAAUGACUAUUGAGGAACAGAUAGCAAAGUUGUCAGAAGGGUUGGAUCAGUUGUCUUCCCAAAUUCAUACUCAAGUGCGCAGUCAGUACGGUUCACUUUUAUCCCAGGCAAACAAUGUCAGUCAUCUCAAUGAAGCAAUUGGUUCUAUAUCCGGUCAUAUUGAAGUACUACAACAGAGUGCUGAAAGACUAAAGAAACAAAUUAGUGUUCCGUAUGAACAACUUGCAACCCAGACAGAAAUAUUAGGCCGACUCCACGAAACAUCACAUUUGUUGCGUCAAAGUGGUAGAUUUCUACAGAUCUACGAAAGCUUGGAAAAUACAACAAAACUUCCAGAACAAGCUAGCAUCGUUUAUGAGCUAGACAGUUUAAUGGAGGAUGUGCCACUAGGAGAAAUUGAUAUUUUGAAGGAUGAAAUUAGUACUGUGUCGACGGUGAAAGCGCGUUUACUGCAGGUUGCCAAUCGAGACUUGUUUGAAAAUAUUGAAAAUCGAAAAGAAGAUGAAACUAAAGAGUGUUUGGAAAUCUUCCUAAAUAUGAAAAUAUUGUCUAAAUGUUUGCAAAACAUUCUGGAAACAUACCAACGUUAUACAAAAGAUUCCAUUAAAGAAUGUUAUACGGCUUCAGAUGCUAGAAAAUCGCGUCAAACGGAAUUAAUAAAAGAACCUGAACGUAAUCAGAUGAAGGGACCUGGUAAGGCACCAACGUUGGUUAAUUCAUCCAAAUUUCGAUCAAAACUGUGGCAAUCUAUAGAGUGGCUAUUCAUGGAUGAAUUCAACAGCUACUGUCAGCAAAUAGAAUUUUUGCAGCGCUGUUUACUUGAGUUACCUCUCACAGGUGAUUGUAUUACGAUCGCCAAAACCAUCGCUGAGAGAUUCUGGGAUCAAUUACAAAAUCAGUUGAUCGAGUCAUUUGAAACAGCUCUACCACAUGUACAGCAAGCCUUGCAACAGGGUCUUCCUAAGUUGCUGUCGAUUGCACGAGGAUUGGAAAAAAAAUUCGACAACACAUUUAUAUUCAAUGAAAAUGUUUUUAACUUUCUGGAGGCAGGAUAUUUGGAGAAAUGUGCCAACAAUCUGAAAGCUGCAAUGGUUGACAUAGAUUUUCCUAACCAAGAAGUAAUAGAUGCUCUAAUACGUGUUGCUUCAACUGAAUUGAGUGCUGCUUGUGUCGAUGAUCGCUUAACACAGCAAGUAACUGAUGUAAUCUGCGUAUCCAUCAAAGAUCUUUGGAAUAGAAUUGAACGAAAUAUAAAACUUGGCGGAGAAACGCAUCAAGUUUUGGACAACCCCAACUCAUCUCAAUCACAGAACAUCACACUCGCCAAUGUGAUCUAUUAUCAUAACGAUGCAGUAAAUCGUUUGGUUCAACAAUUGGGAUCAAAAUUUUCAAGCUCAGAGUCUGCCAUUAAAUUGAAACAGAGUCUUAAUGAUGGUCGUAAUAUUGCGCUUGCAAUCAUUCAACAAUUAAUAGCUUCGAUUCACAUGGCAGUAAACAUAAUUUUGCUAAGUAUGCAUAGAGAACCUGGACUGAACACAACUACAAUUUCUACUGCUGGACCUUCUUUUUACAUGAAAGAGUUAAACGACUUUCUAGUUCGUUCAUGGAAUACUCAUAUUGUUCCUUUUUCCGAUAAAUGUAUUAUAGAAGAAUGUGGUGAAAACUUGGCUAUUCAUUGCAUUGAACUGUUCGUUCAGAAUGCUGCAAUUAUUCGGCCUAUUUCAAACAGCGGUCGGGAAAGGCUCAAAUCUGAUUCACACUAUCUUGAGUUGGCACUUAAACCAAUUGUUCCGGACUUGACAGUAUUAGGAAAAAGUUUACGAUUGUUGAGAGCAAUGGCGUCACUGCUUGUUGUGUCUCCCGAAGAACUGGUUCAGCAAACAUCCGGAAAAGAAGGAAUUAUGCCAGCAUAUAUUGUGUUGUUCAUGCUGUUUGGAUUCGCUGGCCCAGAUCUGGCCAGUCCUCAUGUUACCGCAGGUUGGUCGAACGAAAAAUUGAUAAAGUGGUUGGAGUCACAUUCGUCUGAGGCAGAUCGACUGGAAUUGAUAGUUGGAGCUCUUCAGAAAUAUCGGACGGUCGUUCGUCAAAAAAAUAUAUCACAAUACGAUGUGGUGUACCCUUUGAUGACUAAUUUUUUAGAACUUGCAAUGAAAGAGGUUGCAUCUAAAAAUUCUAUCAGUGAAUAGUAAUUGUACCGAACAUGACUAUCAAUAAAAACAUCUAUUAUAUAGUUUUA